GGUCCUAGGACGUAACACUCCCGGCGGCUAAGCGAGCGACGGUGACCAUAGCAACCCUGCCGUCGGGCAGGCCCGCCUCUUGCUUUGCUUUGCCUGCGCAGAGAGGGAGGAGAGAGAAAGGAAACAGCCGAGAGGCGCCGGGUCCCCCGGGGCCGGCCGUGCGGGCGAGGAGCCAGCUUCCAGGCCAGGAACAUGGGAGUCAGGAUGGAGGAAAGCGGCGACCGGAGGAGGAGGCUCAGCAGCCCAGUAAUUGAAUAUCUGACCAUUCCUAGGUAUGGACUAGCAAGCCCAUUCAAAGGACAUUUAAGUACAAAAAGUAAUGCUUUCUGCAUUGACUCCUCCUCCCGCAGGCUCAGUAAUCAGUACCUCAUCAGGGAUCACAUGGCUGUUCACUACAAUAAAAUACUUUCAGCCAAAGCUGCUGUAGACUGUUCAUUACCAAAAAGCAGAUUAAACAGCAUAAAAUUUUCAGAUCAGCAACGAAGAGAGAAGCUGAAGAAAGAGGUAGAAAAAUGUGAGAAGGAGAUGACGUCAUCUAAACACGUGUCCCGAUGUAGUUCCAGGGAGAGUAGAAGACUGCUGUCUGCCACCUAUAGAAAAAAUUCAUUGGAACCAGAAGACAAUGAUCGACUACCCUUAAGCACACCAUGUGAACAGCAGUGUGUGUUGGGCUCCCUAUCAACUCCAGAGAGUCAAAGCACAAUCCUUCAAAGUACAGAAAAAACUAACAAAAAGGCUGGUCCAAAAAUUUCCAACAUAUCAAUUGAAAGCUCAGGCUCCAGCACUUCCAGCCUACAAAAAUUGCACUCCAAAAUUUCCUGUAGUUCUUCUGACAUUACUACAAGCAAACAUUCUCCAAAAGCUCAGAAUCCUGAAUCCAAAGUAUGUAGUGGGGAUCUCCUCGACAAGCAUUCCCAGCAUUUUACCAACGGCCAGCAACCGUUCACUCCACGGACUUUGAAGUCGGAUGCUAAAUCCUUUCUUUCACAAUACAGAUACUAUACCCCAGCAAGACGGAAAGUGAAGGAUAUUUUGAAGCAACAGAUGGAAGCAGAAACACAAACUGACAUAAGCAGUUUUCAAGCAGAGUCUGAAGGAGCUGAAAAAAAGAAUUUGCCUGGUUUUCAGAAGAUCACGAAGGAGGUAGAAGACACCAUGUCUUCUAAUGCACAGAAGUCUGAUGAAAUGAAAACUAUUUCUCAGUUAUCCUCUCCAAGAGCAAUUUCUCCAUGUUCUAUUCAGUCCCCAACCAUGAGAAAAAUCCAGGCGGAAGAAGAAGAACUGCUGUAUUUAAAUUUCAUUCAGGACAUAACAGAUGAAAUUCUGAAACUUGGAUUAUUUUCCAACAGGGCUUUGGAAAGGUUGUUUGAACGUCACAUAGAACAAAACAAGAACCAUCUAGAUAAGAGCAAAAUGCGCCACCUGCUGGAGAUUCUAAAAGUAGACCUGGGCUGCAGCAAGGAGGAAAAGUCUGUAGGAGUGUCCGACGCAUACGUGCCUCCACGGAAUGAACCAGCAGAGCACCUUCAACUUCCCAGUACAGCCCAGAGCAAAGUGUCAAAAAGUGAGGAGCUUUUAAAUGCAAUGGAUUUAAUAACAAGUGACCCCACUGUACAGAAAAAUAAAUUCCAGAAAGUGGAAGACCAGGAUGAAAUUUCCCAAGAUACCAAAGAAUUACUGAACAUGGAGCUGAAUCUCCCCUCCUUGAAGACUGAUGAACCUCCAGAUACCACAUGUCCAUUGCCACCAACAUGCAGUUCAACCACAUAUGAUGCUGACUUUGAAACAAGUGAAUCUUUGACAGAAGUUGAUGACCUGGAAGGAAGCAUGGCGGAACACCUUCCCAUCUCUUUGGACAGUGCCCCGUAGUAAACAACCAGCAGCAGAGCACCAAGCAGGGCAGUUCAUCUAGUCAGCAGUGCAGAGAUCUGAACUUCGAAAAUUAAAUAAAAUGCUAGCAAAUCAAAAUUUUCUCUUUGGGUGCUAUUGCAAAAGGGCUUGAAAUAUUAAGCCAGACUCUUCUGAACUGGGCACUAAACUAUUGUAAGAGACAGCAGACAAAUUUGUCACAUGUAAUAUAAUGUAAAGUUAUUAACUGCUGAAAAACCUGGGCGUAUAGUUUUGGGAUAUAAUGUUUAUUUUAAAGGGCAGUAUAUUUAUCAAAAUUCAUUUAUAAUAAAUGAAUAUAAUAU